AUGGUCCCAAUUCCCCAGGCCGACGAGCUCAAGGACCUUUUCAGCCUGAAGGGCAAGGUUGUCAUUGUCACUGGUGCUUCCGGUCCUACCGGUAUCGGAAUUGAGGCUGCCCGUGGUUGCGCUGAGUACGGCGCUGACCUCGCCAUCACAUACAACUCUCGCGCUGAGGGUGCCGAGAAGAACGCUAAGGAGCUGAGCGAGAAGUAUGGCGUCAAGGUCAAGGCCUACAAGUGCCAGGUCGGCGUCUACUCCCAGUGUGAGCAGCUCGUCGCCGAUGUUGUCAAGGAGUUUGGCAAGGUUGAUGUCUUCAUCGCCAACGCCGGAAAGACCGCUGACAACGGUAUCCUCGACGCUUCCGUCGAGCAGUGGAACGAGGUCAUCGAGACUGACUUGACCGGUACCUUCAACUGCGCACGCGCUGUCGGUCUUCACUUCCGCGAGCGCAAGACUGGUUCCCUCGUCAUCACUGCCUCUAUGUCUGGCCACAUCGCCAACUUCCCCCAGGAGCAGACCUCCUACAACGUCGCUAAGGCUGGCUGUAUCCACUUGGCUCGCUCGCUCGCCAACGAGUGGCGGGACUUCGCCCGUGUCAACUCCAUCUCGCCUGGAUACAUUGACACCGGCCUGUCCGACUUCGUUCCCCAGGACAUCCAGAAGCUGUGGCACUCCAUGAUUCCCAUGGGUCGUGAUGCCAAAGCUAAGGAGCUCAAGGGUGCCUACGUCUACUUUGCCUCCGACGCCUCCUCCUACUGCACUGUAAGUUUCCUGAAUCGAAUCCUUACUUCGACCAACACUGACUUACUCAGGGCUCCGAUCUCCUCAUCGACGGUGGCUAUUGCGCCAGGUAAACGUGUCGCCUCACCAAUAGAGAAUGGGUUCGACAGCGGUACGACACAGACGACGGGUUUUUCUGGAAUAACGAUACCUUCCUCGUACCUAGUAACGUAAAAUGAAACAAAGCCAUCAAAGGCCUGUGAGCACUAUCCACAUUCCACGACUUCACAUCUUUCCUUGUGCAUGAAAAUUUGCAUCGUGAUCAGUCAUUUGAGAGCUUUCA